GAGUUGCCGUAAACUAGACGUGUACUUGCUGCAUUAUUGUUAUGUAGUUUCAUCAGAAUCGGGAAAUGCGUGUGUUUACAACCUCACACAGAACUCAUCUAUAACUAGUGUCUGUCAUUCGACUCACUUUUAACCGUUACUAAUGUUUUCAAGGCAUAAUGUCGUCAGAUUUAAUGUUAGAUUUCGUAAAUCAGUCGAUGAUGAAUAAGGAAACAGAGGAUAUUUCCAUCGAUCAGGAUGGAGAGUGGGAUAUCAGUUUGUUUGAUGAGCUGGAGGAUCUUGGGGAUGCUGAUGAUCUUCUGGAGGCGUUGGUGGAGAGUGUAGGCUAUGACACCUCUGUUCCUGACCUGAACUUUGACAUUGAGCACCCAUUGUGGAGUAGCCCUCGAUCAGAUGGUGAUGUAACUGUGGACUCACUGUCACCAAACCAUACGCUCAGUUCAGUGUCCUCACCAGCAUCAGUGGAGCCCCACUCACCGUACUCCACACAUGAUGAGGCACUAUCUCCAGUCUCCUGGUAUUCUCAGCCCUCUCCACUGUCUGUCUGUUCUGACUCGAGUGGUUUUGCUGAGGCACCCACUGAGAAGAAACCUACCAAGAGGACCAAUCAGACAAAAGCAAAGCCUCUCCAACCACUGAAGAGACCCAUUCAGGUUAGCCCCAAGGUUUCCAUUCAGCCUAAACCACUCAUUACCACAGUGCCCAUCGGCCAUGCUGCAGCCCCGCUUCAGACUAAGACCAUCAUCAUCCAACCUCUCCAGACUACUGUUCUGCCUGUGGUGAAACCUUCACCUGUCACUAUUCAGCCAGCGCCCCCUACAGGUCAACAAAUGCUGCUAUCUCAGCCCACUCAGGUUGUCCAGCUUCAGACGCCUCAGGCAGUGCCCACGCGUGUCGUCACUGUGCCAGCGCUGGCUCAGGACAGAUCCAUCUCUGUUGUUGCCCCGGUAACAGCAUCUCCUGUGGUCACCAUGACACUGCAGAAUUCCACCCCUGAGGAUGAUUCAAGUGCUUCUCGGAGACAACAGCGCAUGAUAAAGAACAGAGAGUCUGCCUCUCUCUCCCGGAAGAAGAAAAAGGAGUAUUUGCUGACGCUGGAGGCCCGUCUGAAGGUGGCGCUUUCAGAGAACGAGAAGCUGAAGAAUGAAAACGGCACAUUGAAAAGACAAGUGGAAGGCCUUAUGAGUGAGAACUCCGUGCUGAAAGCAACAGCUCCAAAACGGAGAGCUGUGUGUCUUAUGGCGGUCCUGGUCUUCUUGGUCUUCAACUUGGGUUCAAUGAGUCUGCUUGGAGGAGACAGAGGGUCUACGUUUCCUGCUGCCCCUGGGUUCAAUGGCAGACACCUGCUGGGCUUUUCUCCAGAGUCAGAGAAAAACUUUGAUUCAGACAAGCCUCAGACUGAUACAUUUAACCCUGUGAACAGGUUGGAGGAUGUGGAAUCAGAGCAGAAGGCUCUGAUGGUAGUCAAGGAUCCUCUAUAUUUCAGAACUCCACCCCCCUGCCAGCCACCCGUCAACAGGACCAAGUGCAUGAAGAUAGCACAUGAGCUGAGAGGCUGGGUACAUCGUCAUGAGGUUGAGCGGACCAAAACCCGCCGCAUGAGCAACACUCAAAACAGAGGCAGAACCAUCCCGAAAGCAGCAGAUAAACAGGCUGAGGUACCACAGAUAAUGACACAGAUCCAGUACACGGAUUCAACUGAAAAGAUUCCCAGCAGCGAGCUGCAGGUGUACUAUGCCCCACGCCGCACCUACAAUGACUUCUUUGAUGAACUCAACAGAAGAGGGGACACAUUCUACGUGAUCUCUUUCCGCCGGGAUCACCUCCUUCUUCCUGCCACCAAUCACAAUAAAGGCAGCCGCCCCAAGAUGUCUGUGAUCCUGCCAGCUAUGAAUUACAAUGAGAGCGUCAUAAAAGACAAAGAGUUUGAGGUGAUGAUGCAGAUCGACUGUGAGGUCAUGGACACCAGGAUCCUCCACAUCAAGUCGUCUAGUAUUCCACCCAUCUUGCGGGUCAAUCAGACGGACACAGGCACUUUCUAUCACGCGGCCCCGAGCAACAACCAGCCCGCGGCCCCAGUUGGAGUCCUCAUGGGUUCUUCUUAGUCCCAGCAAUCCACUAACCACAAAAAAUUAAUCGAUUUGUUGUGAGUUAGCCAGUUUUCCAACCAUCUAUUUGGUUACAUAAUAAGCCUCUCUAUUUCUUUUCUUUUUUGUGACUUUCUAUUCUAAGAUCUUGGUAAUCUUCUACAAAGAUCCUCAAGAUAUUUGAUCAGCAAUUCCUCUUGAAGUCACCUCUUCAAAAUGCAUCUAAUGGGCCAUUUAGUACUAAUGAAAGUCUUUAUUCCAUUGUUUCCAGAGACUGUUACACAUCUAUCAUCAAAGGCAUCUACAUUUACAUUUAUGUAUUUGACUGAAGUGCAUUCAAGAUAUACAUGUCUUUUCAGUUUGUGUGUGCCCUAGAAAUUGAACCCACAACCUUAGUGUUGUUGGUGCCAUACACUGCCAACAGGAGCAUUCAUCUACCAAAUCUCCCAAACCAAAGUGCGAUCAGGCUCGAUUAUUGAAUUCUUCUCUGCUGUAUGUGGUAGCUGUCAGGGACUUGUCUUUGAUUUAGUUUGCACUGUGCUUAUUUUGUUUAUAAAAUUGAUUGAAAUAUUUAUGAAGAUUUGUUCCAAGCUUGCUUGGUGCACCUUUAAUGGUCAUAUUCAGCUGACUAUUCUUCAAUAUCCUCAAACGUGAGUUUUGUUUUUUGCUUUAUGACGUAACUAUUGAAUAGAAAAGUCUGUGACGUUUUGUAUAAUUUGCUUGCAUUUUUCAUUCUUCUGAUUCUUGACAGUGAUAAAUGUAUCAACAACAAAAAGUGUAAAAGAAGAUACAGUAUUUAGAUAAUACUUCUGUCUUAUGUUUAGUCUUUGAAGGUUAAUCAUUUUAGACUAAUUCUAAUUGGAAUAGCAGUUUGGGGUUAGGGUUCAGGCUACAUCUGUCAGUUCUUUUUAAUAUAUUUUAUGCCCUCGUGUUUAUCUUAGUGGCUUGAUCGCACUUUAAAUGAGGUGUACUUGAGAUUAAUUCAGUUGUAAACAUAACUACAGUUAAUUUGAAGUUUUAGAAGAGACACAAAUUAUUAAUGCUAAUAUUUUACCUCAUCUGUCCUUGUACACUAUGUAUUUGUCUCUAUUAUUCUGGCCUAUGUAGACGUUUGCUCUUUUCUUGUUUAGGAUGCCAUAGUCAGUUGUCAUUUUGAAAGUAGUGUGCUCAUUAGCUUGUCCAACCUGUUGUCACUUUCAAAUAACCAUUCCCCUUCAAAGACAAACUUGCAUAUGCCGACCAAUCACCAUUAGAACUCCUCUAAGGGGGGAGGUGUAGGAUUCUUCAUAAUUUGAAUUUCACAGAUUUAUAAAAACUCAGGUGAAGCUUUGUUCUCCAAAUGUGAAUGAUUUAUUAGAGUAUUUUAGGGAGAAAAUAUAUCACAUUUCAACCUUAGCAUUGCAGUAGAAAUGUCUCUGUUGUGUUCCUAAUUGGUUUGAAACAUGAGUUAAUAGUCUUUGAUUUCAUCAAAUCCUUUUUUCCCUUUGAGCAAUGUUUUUAUGUUUAAUAAAUUUUCUGUAUUUUUGGAAACUUUUUGUUUGUUUGUUCACGCAGUGAAAGAAAUGAAAGCAAUUUUGUAACAAUGCAAAGUAAUAAACACUGGACUCAA